AUGAGCCGGUACAAGAUCCCCUUCGAGCCGCCCAAUGCCCAGAUACGAUGCCUUGCGCAUGUUGUCAACCUUGUGGUUCAGAAGAUCCUCUCUGUCCUCAAAGAGGUUGACUCUGAUCCCGACGUUGAGGACUACUAUGAACUCUUUCUCAAGCAGUUCCUCAUCCACUUCAGCUAUGAAGAUGAUGAGGAACUGCGUGAGUGGGAGGCUGAGGGCGGCAAGGAUGGCGAGGAUGAUGAAGAUAAAGAAGUCAUUGAUAUGUCAGUGAUCCCGGAUGAGGUGGAUGCUUGCAAGGAUGCCGAAACAGAGGAUGAAGUACGAGCCGCUUUUGAGGAGGAGGAGGGAGAUGAGGAUGAUGAUGAGAAUGAAGAGCUUACAGCGCUUGAGAAGCUUUGCGCAAUUAGCAAGAAAAUUGUUGGUACACCCCAAAGUCGCAUGGCAUUUUGGAAGGAGGCCAAGGAAGAGUAUGGCAACAAGGUUGUUGGCAAGUCCUUAGUUGCGCGCUUGAUGCCCGUCCGCGACAUGAAGGCCAUUGACUUGUGGACUUGGUGGUACAGCAAGGGAAAGCAUUGCUCCCUUGCGCUCUCUGCUCGAGACUGGGACACAAUCAAGAUGCUCAACUCGAUUCUUCAGAUCUUUACACAUAUCACAAAGAUCAUGUCACAGAGCAAAACGCCAACACUGCCAUGGGCUCUGCUGAUGUAUGAGCACAUGCGCAAGAAGCUCAAUGGGCAUAUCCAUGACACCGCACUUCCGCUAUACAUGCGUGAGGCAGUGGCAGCAGGCUACAAGAAGCUUAUGGAGUACUAUGACAUUGCAAAGAAGUCGCAGUAUACUAUUCUUGCAACUGUUCUUCAUCCUUCUUUGCGUGCUGAAUGGUUCCGCAACCUUGGCGAGGAUGUGUACCAGCAGACAGCUGCGCUCCUUCAUCAUGUAUAUGAUGUCUACGCCACAGAGCAUGCUCCUGCAUCUGCUCAGCCUCCUCCUCCACCGGAUGCUGCACAGGAUGAGAUUGACGACUUCCUUGCCAGCAUCUCAGCAUGUCCUGCGCCACCACCUGUGCAGCGCCCUAAACAGCGAUCAGAGGUUGAGCGCUGGCUUGCUGGAGAUGGGGGUCCAGGAGAUCGUCAGUCCCCAUUGGCAUGGUGGAAGGUAUGA